UCACAUUUUUUUUUGAGCUGUCAAAUGUAAAAAUUUUCGUGGAAAGAAAAAAAUUACAUCGAAUCCAUUUGUGAUUGCAAGCAAGUUCGUGGAAUUUUAUAAAUACAAAAUUCCAAUUGUUUUCUUUUGUAAAACGGUAAUUGUUUAUUAAAUUCAAACGACAAAAUGCCAAUGCCAAGUGGAGUUUAUGGCCAUCAAGGUCCAUCAUGUUUUGAUAAAAUGAAGACUGGAUUUACAAUUGGAUUUUGUGUUGGCAUGGCCAGUGGAGCAUUAUUUGGUGGCUUCUCUGCAUUGAGAUAUGGUCUCCGUGGACGAGAACUAAUCAAUAAUGUUGGCAAAGUAAUGUUGCAAGGUGGUGGUACUUUUGGUACGUUUAUGGCAAUCGGAACUGGAAUUCGAUGCUAGCGAGUUAUUUCUUAUUCGAGAAAUGUUGUUAUAUUUUGAGAAACACACUUAAAUCAGAAGAUGUAAGAGAAACUAAGAAGAAUUAUAUUACUAUGUACCUAGUGCGGCUUUAUUUUGGACUUUGAUUUUUUCUCCCACUUAUAAUUAUUUAGGAUUUUUUAUUUGAAGCUAAUAAAAGUUUAAGUAGGAGUUAGAAAAGUUA